UUUUUCUUUUUUUUUUUCUUUUCUUUUCUGUCAGAUCUGUUUGUUCGGGUUUGCGUUUGCUCUCUCCCUUAGUUUGGAUUUUAAUGCAAUGGAGUUUUGUCUGUCUCAUCCUUUACUUCUAGGGGCUUUAGCUUCGAUGGUUUUGUAUCACAACAGGAGAUCUAAACCUAAUUCACUGGCUGAGGAAAUAGCCACCGUCGUUAAGGAAGUAGACAAGGUCCAUGGGAUGGUUUUUUGGAGCCCUCUUUAUUGGGAAUCUAUAGAAAUGCUUGCAAGAGACGAGGUUUCACGAGGCAUAUUCUAUGCACUUCCAGAUGAAUCUAAGCUGCAUUACUUAAAGCGCAAGACAAAAGCUUCUAUGGACCCAGAGUUUGAACACUUUUGGUGACUAAUACAAUUAUCGUUUUUAUUAUGUUAAGGGAUCAUUUUGUUGUGACUUGACUUUAUGUUGUGGAAUAUGUUUCAUGUUAAGUGUUUACUUUGUUGUGCUUAAUUUAAUUGUUGUAUAGUAGAUCAUGAACAUGAGUUCCAGUCUUAUGUGAAAAAUGUAUUGUGAUUUCUGUAUAAAUUUUCAAUAAUGUAUUUUGUGAUAUUACA